AGCACCGAGCACCCAAAAGCGGAAUUGCGGAUGCGGAAUGAAUGAAGAGGAGAAACAAGAUAAAUAAAAUGAAAGUGUUAGACGGUUAAUACUCCGUUUUAUAUGUAUUUUAAUUAAUAAAGUAGAUGAAAUUUCAUAAAACAAUCUGCAUCGGGUACGUUUGACAUCUCCUGUGAAUCCAAUUACUGCAGGUGCCGCAUCAUGAACGAAAAUAUUCCCAGUCAUCAAAAAAGACCGAAUUUUUCGUCUUUGAACGGUAUCCAUAAACAAAGCACCACUAUUAACAAUGUCAAAGGUGGAGCUGGCAAAAAACUUACCAUUAAAAACUUCAAAGAUAAACCUAAAUUGCCGGCUAAUUACCAAGAAGAAACAUGGUGUAAGUUGAAAGAAGCUGUCGAAGCGAUACAGACGUCCAAACCGAUCCAAUACAGCUUGGAAGAUUUAUACAAAGGUGUCGAAAAUAUGUGUAUGGAUACAAUGGCUAGUACAGUGUAUAAAAAUUUAACUGCUUUGACCGAAACGCACGUUAAAUCGCAUAUUAAAAACUUUGUCGGCGAGAGUACUGAUAAGCAAAUAUUUCUUAAGAAGAUCGACGAAUGUUGGCAAAACCAUUGCCGUCAAAUGAUCAUGAUUCGUAGCAUAUUUUUAUACUUAGAUCGAACGUUCGUGCUGCAGAAUGCAUCGGUGUCGUCGAUUUGGGAUAUGGGUCUGGAUAUGUUCAGGCAGCAUAUUAUAUUGAAUAAUUUAGUACAGUCGAGAAUAGUAGACGGAUUAUUGAUGUUGAUUGAAAAAGAACGACUCGGUGAUUCGGUUGAUAGACUUUUAUUGAAAUCGUUGCUCAGAAUGUUAUGUGAUUUACAACUAUACUCGACAAUAUUCGAAACAAAAUUCCUCGAAGCCACUGAACGAUUAUACGCCGCCGAAGGACAACGUCUAAUGCAAGAUCAAGAUGUACCCGAAUACCUUCGUCAUGUCGAUAAACGUUUAAGCGAAGAGAAUGAAAGAUUGCUGCAUUAUCUAGAUUCGUCGACCAGAAUACCAUUGAUUCAUUGCGUCGAGAAACAAUUGAUCAGCGAACAUUUAACCAAUAUUUUACAAAAAGGAUUAGAUAAUAUUUUAAACGAGAACCGAAUAUCGGACAUAUCGUCGCUGUAUACGUUAUUUAGUCGAGUGAAAAAUGGGCUAGUCCAGUUAUGUAUUCAUUUUAAUAAUUAUAUAAAGAAAAAUGGAAGAACUAUCGUGGUCGAUCCGGAAAAGGAUAAAACCAUGGUUCAAGAACUACUCGACUUCAAAGAUAAAAUGGAUAAUAUAGUUAAUACUUGUUUUCAACGUAAUGAAAAAUUUAGCAACAGUUUGAAAGAAGCUUUCGAACAGUUUAUCAAUCUCAGGGCUAAUAAACCCGCUGAACUAAUUGCCAAAUUCAUCGACAGCAAAUUAAGAGCUGGUAACAAAGAAGCUACCGAAGAAGAACUAGAACGAUUACUCGAUAAAAUUAUGGUUCUAUUCAGGUUCAUUCAUGGUAAAGACGUUUUCGAAGCAUUUUACAAAAAAGAUUUAGCCAAAAGACUGUUGGUGGGUAAAUCAGCCAGCGUUGACGCCGAAAAGAGCAUGCUGUCGAAAUUAAAGCAAGAAUGUGGCGGUGGUUUCACUUCCAAGUUGGAGGGAAUGUUCAAAGACAUGGAACUGAGUAAAGAUAUCAACGUGUCUUUCAAACAGUACAUCAACGCGAACGGUGGCCGUCUAUUGGGCGCUUCCGGUAUCGAUUUAACAGUCAGCAUUUUAACUAUGGGGUAUUGGCCAACGUAUCCGAAUAUGGAAGUCAGUUUACCAACGGUGAUGGCAAUUUACCAAAACCAUUUCAACAUGUUCUACCACGGUAAAUACAACGGUAGGAAGUUACAAUGGCAGCCAACCUUAGGGCACUGUGUCCUGAAAGCUUUUUUCAAUCAGGGCAACAAAGAAUUGCAAGUUAGCUUAUUCCAGGCGUUAGUAUUGUUACUGUUUAAUGAAGUGGACGAACUAGGCUACGAAGAUAUUAGAUCGCAGACGUGCAUCGAAGAUGGCGAACUACGAAGAACGCUGCAAUCUUUAGCUUGUGGCAAAGCUCGUGUACUCAUCAAGACACCGAAAGGUCGUGACGUCGAAGAUGGUGAUAGAUUUUCAUUCAACGGAGAAUUCGUUAAUAAAUUAUUCAGGAUUAAGAUUAACCAAAUACAAAUGAAAGAAACGAUGGAAGAACAAAAAGCGACAGAAGAACGGGUAUUCCAAGAUCGUCAAUACCAAAUAGACGCAGCUAUCGUGCGUAUAAUGAAAAUGAGAAAGACCCUCAGCCAUACAUUACUCAUCUCCGAGCUUUACACUCAGCUCAAGUUUCCUGUCAAGCCUGCUGAUUUGAAAAAACGCAUCGAAUCUUUAAUCGAUCGAGACUACAUGGAACGUGAUAAAGAAAAUACAAAUAAUUAUAACUAUAUGGCGUAGCAUAUAAUGCGACUAGGAAUUAUCUUAAAAUUUGUUUCAAUAUUGAACAUACUGUAUUAUUUUUUGUCAUUGUAUAAUUAUUUAUUUUCGUCUCUAUCGGCCCAGAAUGCUGUUUUUCAAGUGAUGAAAGUCUGCUAAGGAUGGCGAUGGUGAUUGGUGGUGUUGUCUACGACAACGGACUCGAGUAUUCGCUUCGAGUAACCCUUAUGACGUAUGAGAAGGGUACGAGAAAAGUUUUAAAUAUAUGUAAAUGAUUGUGUAUAUUACUUCGAUAAUUAUUACUAGAACGAAAUGUUGUAUAAAAUUUUUUCAAUUUAGUAGGGUUUUUUCUGUUUGUUUGUGUCUUUUUUUUGUUUUUUUUUUCUUCGAGAUUUGGAAUACCUACCUAUUGUUAUAUAAAUGUAUUUUUUUUCUCGGCUCGUGUACGUAUUUAAACGAUGCGUGGUGUAAUUUAAUACUUGCAUGUAGAUUAGACUGGAAAUUGUGACGUCUUUCUUGAUCGGAUAACGUACUUUUAAUGCAAUUUUUUUCUGUUUUUAAUUUCUUCUUCUCAUAUUUUUUUCCCCGCCCAAUUUUAAUUAUUCGGAUACGUUGAUCUUUAAGGACCCGGGUGAAGAGUAUUCAUGAACGCAAGUCGCGUCGAAGGCGAGAAUUAUUAUGAUAAAUGCUAAAUGUUAAUAUUCCUGUUUCUAUUUAUGAGUUUUUUUUUGUAAUAUAUCAUUUGUGUUA